AUGGCGCUUGACAUCAUCCCUGCAACCACCGUGGUCACUCUGACCUCGGUCAUGCUUGCGCUUUCCUGGGCUACCGCUAUCCUUCGAUUAUUGGUUCGUAGAUUUAUCAGAAGCCUGGGUGUAGAUGAUUUGCUAAUAGUCGUGGGCUUGAUUCUAUUCUCACUCUCUGUAUCUUGCUCCAUCGUAUCCAUCUCCCAUGGCAUCGGCAGGCCGGACAAGAAAAUAGAUUACAAUUCCCUGAUUGUGGGUGCCAAGUGGUAUUGGAUUUUUGGACUCUUUUACGCGCCGGCAGGACUGGCUAUCAAGUGCAGUAUCUGUGCUAGCCUGCUCCGCUUCGCGAAAAGCAGGGCCUACAAGACGAUACUGUACACGGUAAUGGCCCUGAGUACUGCAGCGACCAUCACCGUAACUGUGGCAUUGCUUUCACGGUGUACUACAGUCGCAGCUAAUUGGGAUCUUACCGCCGGGACUUGUAGCAGCCCCGAUGUGCUUAGGGCUAUCACCUUUUUUUUAUCAGCCACGUCCAUCGUGUCGGACUUGGCCUGCGCAAUUCUGCCUGUAUUCGUCUUAUGGGAUGUGCAGCUCCGACUCAUGUCAAAAAUCGGCGUCCUUUCCCUAUUUGCCUUGGGUUUUCUUGCUAGUUUUGCAACGAUCAUCCGUCUUGUAUACUUCGCUUCCAACACUAGCACCAAGGACUACCUAAAUAACGCUGCCACUCUGGGCAUGUGGACGUUUGUGGAAUUAGGCAUUGGCAUAGUAGGCAGCUCUAUCGCCACUUUUAAACCCCUGUUUCGCAAGUCACUGUUCAGCAGUUGUUCGUCACAAGCCGGACGACCAAAUAAUAUGGGUGGUUCGGCUCAGUCGCACCGGCUAGACGGCUAUACGCAUAGCUUUAAGUCUGCACGUAUUUCAGCACUUAAGCAAGAAGAGGCAGAGUACUCUAAGAGGACGUCAGAUGCGGAAAGUCAAAUACGUAUGCUAGAAUAG